CCGCCGCACCCCGCCACUGCGAGCGCGCCCUCGGCCCUGCCCUGCCGCAGCCUGGCCGCGUCCCGCGUGCAGCUCGCGGCCGGCAGGGAGAGGCAUGGCGGGCCGCCGGGCGCCGGGGGAGAAGCGCUGGCAGCUGGUGCGCUGGUACGUGCAGGAAGGGCGUUUCCGGAUUGAGGAGAGGACACUGACAGCUUUUCAAUGGCUCUAUAGCCCGCAGCAGCACCGCAUCCUCAGCCGAGCGGAUCUUGAGUCACCCUCCAGGAUUGACAAGACCAUGCUGGCGAGUCUGAAGGUCAAGAAGCAGGAGCUGGCCAACAGCUCAGACGUAACCCUCCCGGACCGGCCGCUGUCCCCUCCUCUCACCGCGCCUCCCACCAUGAAGUCAGCUGAAUUCUUCGAAAUGCUGGAGAAAAUGCAGGGGAUCAAGCUUGAAGAGCAGAAGCCAGGACCCCAGAAGAAUAAGGAUGAUUAUAUCCCGUAUCCCAGCAUCGAUGAGGUGGUGGAGAAAGGAGGCCCAUAUCCCCUGAUUGUCCUCCCCCAGUUUGGCGGCUAUUGGAUUGAGGACCCGGAGAAUGUGGGCACGCCGACCUCGCUGGGUAGCAGCAUCUGUGAAGAGGAAGAGGAGGACAGCCUCAGCCCCAGCACCUACGGCUACAAGCUUGAGUGCAAGGGCGAGGCCAGGGCGUACCGCAGGCACUUUCUUGGGAAGGACCAUCUGAACUUUUACUGCACCGGCAGCAGUCUGGGGAACCUACUUCUGUCCAUUAAGUGCGAGGAAGUUGAGGGCAUCGAGUACCUGCGGAUCAUUCUCAGAUCCAAAGUGAAGACAGUGCAUGAGCGGAUCCCUUUGGCUGGACUGAGCAAGUUGCCCAGUGUCCCACAGAUUGCCAAGGCUUUCUGUGAUGAUGCAGUAGGACUGAAAUUCAACCCUGUCCUGUACCCCAAGGCCUCCCAGAUGAUUGUGUCCUAUGAUGAGCAUGAUGUCAACAACACCUUCAAAUUUGGGGUCAUUUAUCAAAAAGCCAGGCAGACUCUGGAGGAGGAGCUGUUUGGGAAUAAUGAGGAGAGCCCAGCUUUCAAGGAGUUUUUGGAUCUCCUGGGAGACACAAUCACGCUGCAGGACUUCAAAGGUUUCCGAGGAGGCCUGGAUGUGACACAUGGACAGACAGGGCUGGAGUCGGUGUACACUGUAUUCCGGGACCGGGAGAUCAUGUUUCAUGUCUCCACAAAGCUGCCGUUUACUGAGGGCGACGCCCAGCAGCUCCAGAGAAAGAGACACAUUGGGAAUGACAUCGUGGCCAUCAUCUUUCAAGAAGAAAAUACACCAUUUGUCCCGGAUAUGAUUGCCUCCAACUUCUUACAUGCCUACAUCGUCGUGCAGGCCGAGAACCCAGGUCCAGAAGCGCCAUCCUACAAGGUCUCGGUCACGGCAAGGGAAGAUGUACCUGCCUUCGGCCCCCCACUGCCCAGCCCACCUGUUUUCCAGAAGGGCCCCGAGUUCAGGGAGUUCCUGCUCACCAAGCUCACCAAUGCUGAGAAUGCCUGCUGCAAGUCGGACAAGUUCGCGAAGCUGGAGGACCGGACGAGGGCCGCCCUCCUGGAUAACCUUCACGAUGAGCUCCACGCCCACACACAGGCGAUGCUGGGACUGGGUCCCGAGGAAGACAAGUUUGAGAAUGGAGGCCAUGGGGGCUUCCUGGAAUCCUUUAAGAGGGCCAUCCGCGUGCGUAGCCACUCCAUGGAGACCAUGGUGAGCAGCCAGAAGAAGCAGCAUGGUGCGGGCAUCCCAGGCAGCCUCAGCGGGGGUAUCUCCCACAACAGCACGGAGGUGACCAAGACUACCUUCUCGCCUCCUGUGGCUGUGGCCACGGCGAAGAAUCAGUCACGGAGCCCCAUCAAGAGGCGCUCGGGCCUCUUCCCCCGUCUGCACACGGGCUCUGAGGGCCAAGGCGACAGCCGGACGCGAUGUGACAGUGCGUCCAGCAACCCCAAGACCCCAGAUGGCGGACACUCUUCUCAGGAGAUCAAGUCUGAGACCUCAUCCAAUCCCAGCUCUCCAGAAAUCUGCCCCAACAAGGAGAAGCCCUUCAUCAAGUUGAAGGAGAAUGGCCGAGCCAACAUCUCCCGCUCCUCUUCCAGCACCAGCAGCUUCAGCAGCACUGCGGGCGAGGGCGAGGCCAUGGAGGAGUGUGACAGCGGGAGCAGCCAGCCGUCCACAACCUCGCCCUUCAAGCAGGAGGUGUUUGUCUACAGCCCGUCCCCGAGCAGCGAGAACCCCAGCCUGGGGGCAGCUGCCACCCCCAUUAUCAUGAGUCGGAGUCCCACAGAUGCCAAAAACAGAAACUCCCCAAGAUCCAACCUAAAAUUCCGCUUUGAUAAGCUCAGCCAUGCCAACUCCAGUGCGGGUCACUAAUGUGAAAGAGGAGCCCUUCAUCUGUCAAAGGAAAUCUCUCUUUUGACCUCAGAGAAGGCUCCUAGUCCAGCAGUUUGGGGGUGCCAUCCACUACUCUUAAUUGUCACAGUCUCGGUGUCCUCCCUUGCCCGUCCCUUCACCAAGACACACUGCAAGCACCUCCUCAUCUCUGGACAAGGCCUCAUCGCUCCAGGCCCCUCCUCCUCCAGCCCAUCCGAAGUGAUGUGUGUCUUGCUCAUUUGUCAUCUUGCUUUAUCUACAAAGGAAAGUGUUGGCCAUGGGGUGAUCUGGGUACCUGGGAAUAAGUCAGAAAUCAGUGAGGCAUAGUGGUCAGGUUGGGGUGGACAGAAGCCAGAGCAGGACACUGUGCCCUGGGGGAAGGGGCUGAGUCACAGGCCCACCUGCCUGAGUAGGCAGAGCAGGUGUGUUUACUGGUGGCGGAAGGAGCCUU